AUGAAUAAGAUCGUCUUCGUUUUGGCCAUGGCCUCCGCCGCUGCUGCGGCCCCUCUCAACGCCCGCCAGGACGUCUGCGAGGAUGCCUACAAUGCCUGCGUCGAUGCCGGCACAGCAGAGGUUGCCUGCUCAUGCACUCUCACCGCCUGCCUCGGCGAGGACAACGCUCGCAACCGCGAGUACUGCGCCAGUGCGACUGCCAACCUCACCCAGCCCACCCCAACCGGUAUCCCCGGCGGCUGCAACCCGGCUCACCCCGGAUCAUGCCCUUCCUCCUACUUCACCUACACUACUGCCUUUGCUGCUGCCACUGCCUCCGUUACUGUCACCGCGAAUCCCGCGCCAGUUUUCACUUCCAUCCCCGGCAUCCCGGGUGGCUGCAACCCUGCUCACCCCGGAUCAUGCCCUUCCAAUUACUUCACCUACCCAACCGCGGUACCCACUCCCACACCCACCCCCACCCCCGGAUCCGGCGGAACCCCUCCUGUAUAUCCCAACCCCACGCCGGUCGAUCACAAGACCUGGACGAUCAAGGACUUGAUCCGGUACUGCGGCGUGCAGAACGACGGGUGUGACUACAACUUCGCCAUCGAGACUGACGACGAGACGGAGCGCUGCACCAUCAUCCGCGAGCCCGGCUCCAACGCGGCCACUGAGAGCUGGUCCGACCAGCCCUGUACCUCCGGCUCCAACUUCACGGUCUCAUGUGGCUACGUUGCCGAACCUGGUCCUGCUUUUGCCGUCAUCACCGUCGUCUAUGGCAAGGAGAUUGCUUGGUUCGGUGUCCCUGACAUUAACGGCAAGCCUGUUACCACUGCUCCCUCCAGCCCCUUCGGCUCCGGACAGUUCGGCGACCUCGGCCCUGAGCAGGUCUACACCUACUAA